AUGCCCACUGCCGUCAGCCCCAAUGGGCGGUCCAGAAAUGGCAUCACCAAGUUCACCAACUGUCGCCUCGUCCGCGGCGCUUCUCUAGUUGACGAGGAUCUAUGGGUCAGCUCCGUCACCGGCAAGAUCGUCCGCAGCCAAGCCGUCUUCUAUGACGAGAACAUUCUGCCAGACGAGAUCAUCGACCUCGGUGGCAGGAUAGUAUCCCCCGGCCUCAUAGACGUGCAACUAAAUGGAGCCUUUGGCUUCAACUUCUCUUCAACCUUCCCUGAUAUGUCUUCCUAUGGCAAGAAGGUCAAGGAACUCAACCGGAAGCUAGUCGAAACCGGUGUCACUUCCUAUGUUCCCACUGUCACGAGCCAAACAAGUGAGCUCUACCACAAGGUCCUUCCCUUUCUUGGUCCCUCUGGAGAUCACCAAACAGCUGAGGAUGGUGCGGAAUCUCUGGGUGCCCAUGUUGAAGGCCCAUUCAUCAGCCAAACCAAGAAUGGCAUCCACAAUGUGGAUGUUUUAAGAGAGGCCUUGGCUAUGGAAGACCUUGAAGCCAUGUAUGGCGUGGACAACAUCAAACCUGCAUCAAACACUGGCAGCCAGCGUCUUCCCAUUCGAAUGAUAACAGCGGCACCCGAGUUGGGUCGCAUGAUGGAGCUUAUCCCGGAGCUGCGGGAUAGGAACAUUAUAUACUCGAUUGGCCAUACCGAAGCGACCUACGAAGAGGCAUCUCUGGCUGUCGCUGCAGGGGCAACAAUGAUUACCCAUUUGUUCAACGCAAUGCGCCCGCUCCACCAUCGGAACCCGGGAGUCUUCGGAGUGUUGGGUAUCGCCGAGAGACUGCCCCGGCCGUACUUUGGCAUCAUCGCUGACGGUAUUCACCUGCACCCGACCACCAUCAAGAUAGCGUACAGUGCGCACCCUGAGGGGUUCAUCUUGGUUACGGAUGCCAUGCAUUUGGUUGGCCUUCCAGACGGUACUUAUGAUUGGACCAAUGGAGACCAGUGCAGCAGGAUUGUGAAGACGGGAUCAGUGCUUACACUGGAGGGCUCCGGCACCAUCGCUGGAAGCUCUAUUACCCUGAUCGAAUGCGUGAAUAACUUCCUGAGCUGGAGUGGAUGCACCAUUCCCCAGGCACUUAAUGCUGUGACAGCCACGCCAGCCGCUCUCUUGGGCUUGCAAGGGGUCAAAGGCAGUUUGGACCCCGAAGCCGAUGCUGACCUGGUCAUCUUCUCGGAAAAUAGCCAGUCUGACGGUCCCCAGCUCUUUGUGGAUCAAGUAUGGAAGCGAGGAACCAGGGUUUACCAUCACGAGGAUUUUGCCAUGCCUAGCCCCUCAUCAAGUGUGAGCUCAUCAUGA